CUGAGGAGGGCACCCUGGUCCACUUUUCUCCUAUCUCCCUCUUCCCCAGGUGGCAGCGGGAUGGACCUGUCUGGGCUCCUGCUGGACGAAGAGGGCGCCUUCUCGCUUGCGGGCUUCCAGGAAUUCACGUUUCUUCCUGGACACCAAAAACUAAGUGAGCGAGUAAGGAAGAGACUUUACUAUGGCUGGGACCCUGAUUGUGGCCUAGAAGAACUAUCUAGCCCUGUGGCAGACAUUGCUGUGGAGUUGCUCCAGAAGGCAGCCCCAAGUCCUAUUCGCCGGCUCCAGAAGAAAUAUGUAUCUCAUGUGUCCCGGGAAGCAUGUAUUUCUCCAUGUGCCAUGAUGUUGGCCUUAGUCUAUAUUGAACGGCUCCGACACAGAAACCCUGACUAUUUACAACAUGUGUCAUCUUCUGACCUAUUCCUUAUCUCUAUGAUGGUGGCUAGCAAGUACCUGUAUGAUGAAGGGGAAGAGGAGGAGGUCUUCAAUGAUGAAUGGGGGGCUGCAGGAGGUAUGGCAGUGCCUACCCUUAAUGCUCUGGAGAGAGGCUUCCUGAAUGCCAUGGACUGGAGCCUCUACACUGACCCUCGGGAGAUCUUUGAGGUGCUGAGUUGGCUGGAGGGCUGCGUGGCUGAGCAGCAGGGUCGUCGCCGCGGCUGGUAUACCUAUACAGACUUAUGUGUGCUGUUGGAGCAACGGACCUGGCAGUUGGCUUUGGGCUCCCUGUGUCAGCGUUUGGCCAAGUUGGCCUGCCUGCUAGCCUUGGCUUAUGUAAGCAGUGUGACUGUGGCUGUGGCCUCUGUGACCAUCCUGCACCAGACUUUGGGGCUACAUGGCACUCCCCCACCUGGACCCCCUGAUCUUGGUUGUUUUGCCCCCAAAUGCCCACUGGAACCUUGUUCUCUGUCUUCAGCUUCUGGCCCACAGUUCCUAACCCCAUCUGCUAACACCUCCCAAAAUCUAGUGGGGGAAAUGGGACUGCAUUCAUUGUGGGGAAGCCUUUUGGCUACGCUGACUCCUUCUCCACUGCCUCCACCACUUUUACUGGGCACCCCAGCUCCUCAGCCCUGCCCCCUUUGUCGGCAGCUCCAGAUAGACUCCCCAACACACCAUGCCUGUCAGAAUACCAACUAUUCAACCACAACAAGGCCUCUUAAUCCCUGGUAUUCUCUACCUGGCCAAGCCCCACCCUGGUCCUGGAGCCCCGGUGCCCCAGUCCUUCCCCAGCCACAACAGUGCUCCUUGUUUGGUGCUAUGGAGCUGGCCCGCCUCAAAUCUUUUAUCUUUCCAGGAUAGAUAGAGAUUCUGGAAAUAUAUUGAGGGGAAUUAGGUUGCCAUGGGGGACUUAACAGGACAAAGCUUUAUCCAUUGGGAAAGAAGAAUUUAAAAAUGUGUGAUUUAGACUGUCUCUUCCUUUCUGGAUCUUUGUUCACUUUUCUCUAAGGGGAAAGGUAAAUGGGGUUGUUGUGGCAGCUGGGUGAAGAGUAUGUUGUUUGUCUUUGUGGCCUUUGCCUAUGACUCCAUGGCUGAUUGCCACAGAAUUGGUUUCGUGAUGUCACUUGGGAAGGCUUCAUCCUGGUGACCUGUGUGAUGUCACAUAUAGAAGGCCAAGGGGGAGGACUCUCCCACCUUGGGCUUUGCUAGAGUUGAUAAUGAUUUUUUGCUCUUGUUUCUUAAGAUGAGGGGGGAAGUGUGAGAAUAGGGGAAAAAAUUGAAGCUGGUCUACAUGAAGUCCCUAGGACUUGAGUGCUAAGGGAUGAUAGGACCAGGGAGAUGGGAGGCUGCUCUGGAAUGACAACAGGAAAGGACACUCAGAAAGAGCCUGCCCUUUAGAAUAAAAAUAUAGGGGGUUCUUAGCCUUUGCCCUCUUCUCCAGCCAUCAUUCUUCCGUGCCCCCUGCCUAUAUACUUCACCCUUUGUUGGUACCUCUCCCCCUUGUCUUUCCUCAGGUCUCCAACCCCUUGGUUUGUACUUGGUUGGUUUUUUCCCAUGCUUUUAUAGAAGAAUUCGAGGUUUCAAUAAACAGUUUUAAGUUGCA